AUGGCCCCCAACUUCUUUCUCCUGUUCUUUGUGACAUCCAUCAUCUUUCUGUUCUUUUGUGACCUCCAUCUUCUUUCUCCUUACCUAUGUGACCUCCAUCUUCAAUCUUCUCUAUGUGAUUUCCGUCUUCCUUUUUCUUCUCUAUGUGAUUUCCAUCUUCUUUCUCCUUCUCUAUGUGACUUCCAUCUUCUUUCUCCUUCUCUACGUGACCUCCAUCUUCUUUUUCCUUCUCUUCAUGACUUCCAUCUUCUUUUUGUUCUGUAUGUGAGUUCCAUCUACUUUGUCUUUCUUUAUAUGACUUCAAUCUUCUUUCUCCUUCUCUAUGUGACUUCCAUCAUCUUUCUCCUUCUCUAUGUGAACUCCAUCUUCUUUCUCCUUUUCUAUGUGACUACCAUCUUCUUUCUCUUUCUCAAUGUGACCACCAUCUUCUUUCUGCUUCUUUAUGUGACUUCCAUCUUCUUUCUCCUUCUCUAUGUGACCUCCAUCUUCUUUUACCUUCUCUAUGUGACAUCCAUUUUUUCUGCUUCUCUGCGUGACUACCAUCUCCUUUGUCCUUCUCUAUAUGAAUUCCAUCUUCUUUUUCCUUUUCUAUGCGACCUCCAUCUUCUUUCUCCAUCUUUAUGUGACCUCCAUCUUCUUUCUCCUUCUCUACGUGACUUCCAUCUUCUUUCUCCUUCUCUAUGUGACCUCCAUCUUCUUUCUGUUUCUCCACGUGACUUCCAUCUGCUUUCUCCUUCUCUAUGUGGCCUCCAUCUUCUUUCUCUUUCUUUAUGUGACCACCAUCUUCUUUCUCCUUCUCUAUGUGACCUCCAAAUUCUUUCUCCUUCUCUAUGUGACCUCCAUCUUCUUUCUCCUUCACUAUGUGACCUCCAUCUAUUUUCUCCUUAUUUAUGUGAACUCCAUCUUCUUUCUCCUUCUUUAUGUUAUUUCCUUCUUCUUUCUCCUUCUCUAUGUGACCUCCAUCUUCUUUCUCCUUCUCUAUGUGACCUCCAUCUUCUUUCUCCUUCACUAUGUGACCUCCAUCUAUUUUCUCCUUAUUUAUGUGAACUCCAUCUUCUUUCUCCUUCUCUAUGUGACCUCCAUCUUCUUUCUCCUUCUCUAUGUGACCUGUAUCUACUUUCUCUUUCUUUAUGUGACCUCCAUAUUCUUUUUCCUUUCCUCUGUUACUUCCAUCUUUUUGUUCCUUCUCCAUGUGACUUCCAUCUUCUUUCUACUUCUCUAUGUGACAUCCAUCUUCCUUCUCUUUCUCUAUGUGACCUCCAUCUUCUUUCUCUUUCUCUAUGUGACAUCCAUCUUCCUUCUCCUUCCUUAUAUGACCUCCAUCUUCUUUCUCCUUCUCUACCUUCUCUAUGUGACCUCCAUCUUCUUUCUCCUUCUCUAUGUGAAUUCCAUCUUCUUUCUCCUCUAUACUUGACUUCCAUUUUCUUUCUCCUUCUCUAUAUGUCUUUCGUUUUGGCCUCCACAUUCUUUCUCCUUCUCUAUGUGACCUCCAACUUUUUCUCCUUUUCUAUCUGA